AUGACAAAAGGCGUCUCUUUCAGCCCAGACAAAGACAUCCCUGACCUCUCAGGAAAAGUGAUACUAGUCACAGGAGGCAAUACCGGGCUAGGCUUUGAAGUCAUCUAUCAGUUAUCAAAGCACAAGCCCAAGCACAUCUACCUCGCAGCCAGGUCAGAAGAAAAAGCAAACGAAGCUAUCAAAACACUCCGCGAGAAGCAUCCCAAUGCAGGACCCAUUACCUUCUUUCAACUUGACCUAGGCUCUUUUGCGAGCAUCAAGGCAGCUGCAGCUUCAUUCAGAUCCAUGUCUGACAGAUUGGACAUCUUGAUCAACAACGCUGGGAUCAUGGCAUUCGGGACAAAUCAUCUCGGUCCCGCGCUCUUCACAACCCUUCUCCUUCCAACCCUCAAAGCAACCGCCACCAUAUCUACCGACGCAAGAGUUAUCUUCCUCAGCUCUGAACUUGAAAACAUGGCACCUAAGAACUCCUAUCUCUUGGAUGAACUGAAAACUACUUUGUCCAAGUUCUCAACAUGGACUCGUUACGGCCAGUCGAAGCUUGCAGCUGUGCAUUACGCCCAGGCACUAGCAAAUCACAACCCGGACCUCAAAGUUGAAGGGACUCUGAAUCAUCUGUGGACGGCAACUAGUCCUGAUGUGAAGUCAGGUGUUUUUUCCUUUCCUGUCGGUGUACAGGGGAAGGGUUCGUCGUUGAGCAAGAACAGUAAGCUUCGUGAUCAGCUUUGGGAGUGGACGCAGAAAGAGCUCGAACCGCAUGUUACGGCGGGAUAUUAA